ACCACCUUAGCCCCGCUGAGUCCGUGAACGCGGCGGCUCCAGGAGUGGUUGGACGACCGGUCGACUGCCCUUGUUCAGCCCUGGUGGCAAGAAAGAAGUUAAUGCCACCGAGUCUCCAAGCCCGCCAGCCUAGAGGUCCCUGCGCGUCGGGUCCCGAGCCGGAGCUGUCAUCUCGGGCUCGGCGCAGCUUUCUCGAAAUAGAGGCCGUUUUGUCCCAGUUAGAAACGACGGCCCCUGCGGGGUUUGUACCUACUUCUGGGCCGGGCGUGCUCACGAUUCUUUUCUUCUUUUUCUUUUCUUUUUUUUCUGUGAGGUAGGUUUUUACCCGUGAAAUAGGUUCCAUUUAUAGUUCUUCACAGAGAAUUGAGAGCUUGCUCCCUUGACUGGAAGUGAGUUGCUCAGGGUCACGUAAUUUACCAGUGGCAGGUCCUCCAGUGGAAUUCAGGUCCCCUUUGUGCUCUCUCCUGAUUUUCCCACCGCAGCGUGUUCCCCGGAGGAUGGGACCCUACUUUCCAUUUGUAUGUCCUGCAGCGUUUGGCAGAGUUGCCUGGCACCUGGAAUGGAUAAAAGUGGCAGUUUUUGUUAUUUCCCAUGAGGUUGUGUAUCUGGAAUGGGAACCAUGGAAUUAAUCUAGAUUAGGACAUUCCUAAAGACAUGGAAUGGCAUUGGACAGCACCAGGAUGACUUGAAAAGAAUAUUUGAGGGCCCAGAGCUACAGAAGAGUUUGCCAACAGAAGGAUUUAUGGGAAACAAGGGAUCAGAAAUACCAGUAGAGAAACCUUUUAAAUUUCUUCAAGCAGUGGAAAAACUGAGUCUUGUUUCAAAUUAAGUAAAAUCUCUACUGAAGAGAAAUCAAAGUCUCAAAUAUAAAAAGUAUGUUUCUUAACACUAGGUGUAAAUUUAGGAAAAUAAUCACAAGGAUAGAUCUUUUUAAUAAUUUUUUAACUAUCAUAAAAAUUUUAUAAAACUUCUGAACUCAUCGCUAAGAACUGCCAUGAUUCUGAGACUCAAUAAUAUCCCAAAUUUGGAACAAUUUCAGCAAAAAAUAACAGUUGAAAAUACACUAGAUGUACUCAGGGAAGAAGAUCUGACAGUGGAAAAGUACCACUAAUGAACCCAUUAUUUACAUACUUACAGAUUACCUUGGUAAACAUAAGACACACUCAAGCUAAAGCUUAGUCUUUGGGAAUGCUGUACUGAAUGCAGUAAAAGUUGGAUUUCAUUCAUAUGGACAACAGAACCUACUUUCUUCUUCACCUAAAGAUACUAUACAGUUAUUCUCAAAUUCCAACUCUCCAGACAUUGCAGUGUCAGAGUAGCAGGUGGAUGGACUGAUGCCCAGUGAACAUUCCAUGCAGAGCAGUGUGUGCACCAUUUUCUUUUCUGGCAGUGAGGUAAAAAUCAAGUUGUUUGGAGAAGGAGACAUCACACUGGACGUCUGCUACACAGUACGACUGUCUUUGCCUUUGAAGCUUUCACACUGUCAUCUGAAGCACCACUUUUUGUUGAGAUUUAUCUUACCUGAGUCUGUUCUUGUGAGCACAUCUCACCUCCUCUCUUUUCUGUGUCGAGUUAGGGAGAGUGUGCAGACAUUCCUGUUAUUCCUGACUGAUGCUGCUAUACCUGUCAAUGGAGAGAAGAAAUGUUCAGAAGAGGGCUUCUGAAACCUGCUCAUCCAUGUCUUGCAGGAGCAAUAUGUAGACAGGGCUUUGACAGUGGCAACUUUCUGAGUUCCUAAGACCUUUGGCUCUAGACUAGCACUUUAAUCAUAAGCCCUCAUCCCUUUUAGCCCAUUACCCUUCAGGAUACAUGCCUGUGCCUUCUUGGGCUUUGGGCUAGCUUUGUGGGGGGCAGAGGGAGUUGUUUGGGGUUUUUUUUUCCAAUUCAGCAAGGUUUUUCCCCCACUGAUUGUUUGAAACCAAAUUCAGUAUGAAUAAGAGAGGGAAAUAUACAACAUUGAAUUUGGAAGAGAAGAUGAAGGUUCUAAGUAGGAUUGAAGCCGGACGAUCUCUUAAAAGUGUAAUGGAUGAAUUUGGAAUCAGUAAGUCAACAUUUUAUGACAUUAAAAAGAAUAAGAAAUUGAUUUUGGACUUUGUACUGAAGCAGGACAUGCCAUUAGUAGGGGCUGAGAAGAGGAAGAGGACAACAAGAGCCAAAUACAGUGACGUGGAUGAUGCAGUCUACAUGUGGUACCAACAGAAACGCUCAGCCGGCGUCCCUGUUCGAGGUGUGGAGCUUCAGGCUGCAGCAGAGAGAUUCGCACAGUGUUUUGGGCGGGUAGAUUUCAAAGCUAGCACUGGUUGGCUUUUUAGAUUUCGAAAUAGGCAUGCAAUUGGGAACCGGAAAGUAUGUGGGGAACAAGUCCUAAGUUCAGCUUCAGAAAACACUGAGCCAUUUCGACAAAAGCUGUCCAUGCUUAUCAAAGAGGAGAAACUAUGUCUUGCACAGCUAUACAGUGGGGAUGAGACAGACCUCUUUUGGAAGUCAAUGCCAGAAAACACUCAGGCAAGCAGAAAAGAUAUCUGCCUACCAGGGAAGAAAAUAAACAAAGAACGGUUGUCAGCUCUUUUAUGUGCAAAUGCAGAUGGAACUCACAAGUUAAAGUCAGUCAUUAUUGGAAAAGCAAAGCUGCCCAAAAAUGUGAAAGAGGACACAUGUACAUUACCUGUGAUAUACAAACCUAGUAAAGAUGUUUGGUUCACCAGAGAAUUGUUUUCGGAAUGGUUUUUUCACAACUUUGUUCCUGAGGUCAAGCAUUUUCAACUUAAUGUUCUCCGAUUCCAUGAGGAUGAUGUCAGGGCCUUGUUACUUCUGGAAAAUUCCCCAGUUCACCCUUCUACUGAAUCACUGACCAGUGAGGAUGGCCGAAUAAAAUGCAUGUUCUUUCCCCAUAACACUUCAACCUUGAUUCAACCAAUGAAUCAAGGUGUGAUCUUGAGCUGCAAACGACUUUAUAGGUGGAAGCAACUUGAGGAGAGUCUUGUAAUUUUUGAAGAAAGUGAUGAUGAGCAAGAUAAAGGAGAAAAACAAGUUUCCAAGAUUAAAAUCUACAAUGUAAAAAGUGCAGUUUUUAACUGGGCAAAGAGUUGGGAUGAAGUAAAACAAAUAACCAUAGCAAAUGCUUGGGAAAAUCUUCUUUACAAAAAGGAACUUGAAUAUGCUCUUCAAGGCUUAGAAGAUGGGGAUUAUAGAGAAAUUCUUGAGAAAUGUGAGGAGUCGGAAACCAAGCUGGAUGAUGAUAGGGUGUGGUUAAAUGGGGAUGAAGAAGAAAAGGAUAGCCCCCCAGAAACAAAAGGAGGAGGAGCUGGAGAGCAGACUGCUGAAUUUAAGUUAUCUGCUGUCAGAAAGAUUCUUGAUUUUGUUGAUGCCACACCUGAGUUUCAGAGGUUCCAUUUUAUGCUGAAAGAAAUGCAACAAGAAAUAAUCAAGAAACAGCUCCAGAGUAGAAUCCAUUCUAGAAUUGGUAGCUUUUUGAAACCUUGGCCUCAUAAGGAUUCCUUCAGUAUGCCUUCAACUUCUGGUUCUAGUAAUUAGAUUUUGUGUUUAAAGAUUUUUGCAAUUAUGUGAUAAUAUAUGAAGUAGACUUAUUGUGAAUUGUCAUUUUUUUAUUUACCUCAUUUUGCAUAUCAAUGCCCAUUUAUAUUGUUUAUAAAACAUAAAAUUUGGAAGUA